AUGAUGACACCAGAUACAUGCUCACUCGUUAUGAGUGCCCCCGACGAUGAGGCAACUUUUCUAUCUCUUCCAUAUAUUGAAGAGCUACUUUACUGGUUUAAACGCAGCUACCCUAAAAUUCACAGUAGCUAUCCUUUCGACGAGGGAAACACUUCUGUAGAGCGUUGGGGCGCUUCCGCCACCUCUCAAAUUUCGUCCCUUGUGCGAAGUCGUGUCGAAACCGAACGAUACUUUGAGGAGAAGUACUUUGAUGACAGCAAGCGAAUACAAGUACUGAAUAAUCCAUUUGAGGCCGUUGCCCGACCCACGACUCCUUCGGAAACUGGCUCAGCACGACACGAGAGAACGGUAUCGGCAUCAAAUGAAAUCAAAACGCGAUACAGUAGAUCUUCCUCUGCGAAGGCACAUGAUACGAAGCGAUGUAGUGCCUCAGAACAGCCGGAGAGAAAAAAUGAACCCCUAUCUACUUUCGCAUCCCCUUCACAACCACCUCUGGGGUUGCUUUGGAUCGGGCUGUUUCGCGCACUGGGCUUUCCUCUAGAUGUCAUAGUUAAAGCCCCAACGGAUGCUACCACGGCGAUGACGCCACCGACGCAAGUAGUUUCUGAGAUCAUGGAGGAUGAUCUUGUGCUUGGGAGAAAACUUUGUGACUUCUCAGCGCACGCCAUCGAUUCCAGCAAGGACGCGCGGAUCUUGGGUUACAUGCACCAAGAUGGCGAUGCGCUGCGCUACACGGCCUUGGUGGAGUGGUUUGAGGACCUGCUUGCGUUCAUCGUCGAUAACGCCUUCUCAUGCCAGCAGGCGCGCUGCGUUCUGUUAGAUGCUUUAGCCCUGCUGCGGUGCUUGGAGGGUCUUCCUGUGGAUGCAACCGAAGAGGAUGUGGGGCAGGUGGUCGAGGCGCUCAUGACAAACGCGCUCAAUGUGCAGGCCUGCCCUGUGCCCACCCACGUAAACGUACCCCAUACACUCUACGAACCAAUCAUGGGGCAGAUGCGCGACCCUAAGCUGACCGCCAGCAUCGAACAUCGCCUGCAAACUGACAGAAAACUUGACAAAAGACAGCGCGUGGCGCUGAUGGAGGCACUCGAAAAUAUCCCUCUCCACGUGGUCACGCUGAUGAAGCCACGACGCAUUGAAGUGCCCAUUGAGAUGGCUGUUGGGCCGUACUUCAGCACGGAUGACGUCAAGGCCGUGUUGAACUUUUUAAUUAGCUCUGCUGUGAUGCAUUGGCGUCUUUUUACCUUCAUCCUAUCCCAACCUCAGGCGGUGGAUGUCCGCACCACGACGUUGGUUCUUGAAGAUAUUCUUCCGUGCUUUGUGCCGCCGCUCGCAGGAUUUAUGUUUGACGAAGAACACGAGUUGGCUCUCAAAAUGGAAACCGCUUGGCGUGAGGCCUUCCGUGAGGCAAACGAGAUGUUUAAUGGAGUAUAUAUGUGCCCGAUUGAAGAGAUGCAAGCACAGGAGAUCCAAGAGCGUCAAGCAAUAAUUGCAGCUGAGGAAGCUGCGAAGCAGAAAAAUCUUGAUGAUGCGCUUAGUCAAAAAGAAUACGAACGUGUGGAACGGGCGUUUAACCUUCGACUACAGAACUCAUUAGGAGUUGAGCCCUUUCUUCCCAGUGCCAGCACUCAAACGAUAUCAGGUAGGUGUGACUCUCCCGCUGUAGCUGCAGCUGCAGUUGCAGACAAUGCUGCUGCUCCCUCAGCAACGAGUCAUGGAACGCCACCACUAGUAGGUAGAUUAUCGCAUGCUGGUAGACCUAGCCUUCGACAACAAAAAACACUUCGAGGAAGCACAAUAUCGACGGUAGUCCUCCCGCCUCUCCCGAGACGGGAGACCGAUAAAGACAGUCAUGAUUCAUCUCCCUUCGUCCUCAGUGAAGUGGAAAAACGCGUGGAGAAAAUUGAGGCUUGUAUGGAAGAGCGGUUGGCUGAAAGCGCCACGGUUCGAACCAAGAACACAGUACGAAGGAAGUAA